CUACUACUUGCACAUAACACUUCUAUUCAGUACAGUUUCUAUUUGCUUGGUCUUAAGACAUGGAACAUAAAAACUACAAUAAACUCCUUUCUAUUUACCUCUUAUGCUUCUUGAUCUUAAGUUCCUCAAUUUCCUGCCAACUCAAUUACAGAUUCUACGACUAUAGCUGUCCUAACCUGACAAAAAUUGUUCGAUACGGAGUUUGGUCAGCUAUUUCAAAUGAUACUAGAAUGGCAGCUUCUCUAUUGAGGCUUCAUUUCCAUGAUUGUUUUGUUGAUGGAUGCGAGGGGUCUGUGUUGCUCGAUGGUGACAACAGCGAAAAAAAUUCGUUGGGUAACCGAAAUUCGGCUAGAGGAUUUGAAGUCAUUGACAAUAUUAAGGCUACUAUAGAGAAACUCUGCCCUGCAGUUGUUUCUUGUACUGAUAUUCUUACUCUUGCAGCAAGAGAGGCCGUUUAUCUUACUGGAGGGUCCUAUUGGAAUAUACCUUUGGGUCGCAGAGACGGUCUAACCACCAGUCAGAGCGCUGCUGACGAACAACUCCCAUCGCCUUUCGAGUCUCUACAGAACAUCACUGCAAAAUUCACCUCGAAGGGUCUUGAUUUGAAGGAUGUUGUUGUGCUCUCAGGCGGACACACUCUCGGUUUUGCUCAGUGUUUCACUUUCAAACCGAGGCUUUUCGACUUUGCUGGCUCAGGAAAUCCCGAUCCAGCACUAGACACAUCACUUUUACAAAAUCUGCAAAGUGUUUGUCCAAAUCAAGCAGCUUCCGACACAAAUUUAGCUCCGUUAGAUUCUGUCACGUCAUCAAAAUUUGAUAACUCUUAUUUCAAGCUUCUUUUGAAUAAUUCAGGCCUACUGCAAUCAGACCAAGCUCUUAUGACUGAUAAUACAGCUGCUUCAAUGGUUACUAAUUACAGCAAGUACCCCUACUUGUUCUCCAAGGAUUUUGGAACAUCCAUGGUCAAAAUGGGUGGCAUUGGUGUACUUACAGGGCAAAAUGGACAGAUUAGGAAGAAUUGUAGGGUGGUGAACUAGAAUUCUGCUGGCUAGUGUUCUUGUAACGUAAAUUAAAUCCUGUAAUGCUUCAACAAAGGACAACACUGCAUUCCUAUAACCAAUGUAUUGCACAAAAACCUUUUCAAUCCUACAUAUCAGUAUUUUGUUUCCAUUUCCGAAA